AUACCUCUGUUUCCGUUUCCGGUUACAGACGCCAAGUUACCGCAAUGGCUGCACCAGAAUUUCCAGAUAUGCCUCAAAAUCAUACUAUCUAUGUAAAUAACCUUAAUGAGAAAAUAAAAAAGGACGAGCUGAAACGAUCCCUUUACGCGAUUUUCUCUCAGUUUGGACAAAUAUUGGAUAUUUUAGUUUCAAAGUCCCUCAAAAUGCGAGGGCAAGCUUUCGUCGUCUUCAAAGAAAUGACUAGUGCAGGAAGCGCCUUGAAAUCAAUGCAAGGUUUUCCUUUUUAUGACAAGCCUAUGAGGAUUCAGUUCGCAAAAAAGGACUCUGAUGUUAUUGCAAAAAUGAAAGGAACAUUUAUUGAAAGACCGAAGAAAAAGCCAAUUGCAAAGAAAAAGAAGAAGACUAAAACUACUGGUGAAUUUUCAGAUAUACCAGCUGGAGGUUCUACGCUUAACAUGCCUGAACAACCACCACAUCAUAUUUUGUUCUUGACAAAUCUUCCUUCAGAAGUUACGGAAAUGAUGCUCUACGUACUGUUUAAUCAAUUUCCGGGAUUCAGGGAAGUUCGCUUGGUUCCUGGAAGAUCAGAUAUCGCCUUCGUAGAAUUUGAAAAUGAGGCUCAAGCUGGUACUGCUAAAGAUUCUUUGCAAGGUUUCAAGAUCACACCUUCUCAUGCUAUUAAAGUUUCUUUUGCUAAAAAGUAACUUUAUUAUCUUUAUUUGAAGACAAUUUUUUUACAUAGCUGUUGUUGGACUAUAUUUUCUGUGGCUUCGACAGAAUAAAUAGGUUAUUCAAAUUUAGAGAUGACUGUUUUCUUUAUGUUUUUUUUUAAACGAGAACCAUUUUUGCAUUCAAGGAAGUAAUUCUCCAGGUUUGACGAUUUUCUCAAUUAAACUGAAAUCUGUAUUUAAUACAACAAUAUAUUAUUUGAGAGUA